GCAAAACCCAUUCAAAAACCCCAAGCCAUCAAGAUCGAUCACCACUGCUACUCUUCUAGUUAGCUCUCUUAGCCUUCUUCGCCAUCUUGCUCACACUGCUCUUUGUUUCCUCGUGACCUCGGCACCUCGUCCUCUUGCCUUUCUGAGCUCUCGCAAGUGCUGUUCGUUGUAGCGCCAGCUGGUAGUGGUACUAGCUAUACUAGCCAGCUGCUUCGAGAGAUCUCCAUGGGCAACUGCAGCUGCCUGGAGCGGGCGAGGGUGACGGCGUGGGACGACGACGAAGACUGGAGCCAGCCGGAGGAGCGUUCCGGCGGGGCGCGAGGGGUGGUGUCGGCAGGGAGCGGCGGCGGCACGCGGGUGAAGAUCAGGAUGACCAAGGGCCAGCUGCGGCGGCUGCUGGAGAACGCCGGCCGCGGAGGGGCGUCUGACGAGGACGUCGUGGCGGAGAUCAUGCGCAUGGGCACCGUGCGCGUCGACGUCGCGGAGCUCCAGCACGCGGCGGAGAGGCACCACCGGUCGCCGCCCAAGCUAGAGACGAUACAGGAAUAGACAGAGAAACGAAGUGAUGUUGGGAUCAUACCGACGUCAUCUGGCGAGAUACAUGGCCGUGAUCAGGGUUCACCUUACCGACGGUAAAGCGAUUUUCGCCAACUAGCGGUAUCGGUAAACCGGCGGUAAAUCGCCGAAAACCGCUAGAAACCGCUCGAAACGACAAUUCAAAUUCAAAAAACCGGUAACCGUUGUUUACCGACCGGUAAUCGAUGUUUACCGACCGGUAACUGUCGUUUUUAACCGGUAAACACCGUAUGACUUUGGAAAAUUA